AGGCUACACGGCCCACACCACCUGCAGAACACGGUGACACAGCUCGGGUCCGCAGGCUCCAGCCAAACUCAGCAGGACAGGGAAGGCUUUUAUAGAACAACACACACACACACACACUGGUACGCUAACAGAAGACUCAUUGGUUCACAGCAGACUCAUUUUGUCGACCACAGGGGAUAUUGACAUGCUGUUAACAGAGUGUGAAGGGGAAGAUUGAUGAGCUAUUUUGAAGUUUGAAAAAGAAAAACGUCAGGAUGCGUUGGGUGAGGCGUCCUCGCCGCUCAGGGACCAUCUGCCUGUGUGUGGCCUCCUUCGCCCUGCUCCUCCACCUCCUGCUGCUCUGCUUCUCCUUCUCCUCCAUCCCCCAGACGCAGUCCUGUAACCCCUCAUCCUCCUCCUCCUCCUCUCGUCGUGAUGCCCCGCUCCACCCCGCCAACGACACCUCCGGUCUGGCCCCGCCCCCCGCCGAGACCACGCCCCCGGACACCCUUAAAACACGCAGGGGGGUUGUGCCCCGAGACAGCAAGGCUCGGCGCCACCCACCCGUUGGGGGGGAGGCGGGGGGCGGAGGGGGGGUCUCGGUGUCGAAGCUGCAGGCGUACUUCAGCCACCCGCUGUACAACCUCCCCUCCCCCGCCGUCCCAGAGGAGGACUGGCUGCUCAGGGUGAAGCCCAAGGCCCAGCCCAGCAAGGAGAGCUCUCUGUUCUGGGUGAGUACGUUGCAGGAUGGCUACGAGGACGUUCAGUGGAACAGCAGCAGCAGCAGCCACCCCCCCUGGCUGCGCUUCCACAUGGGCAUUUCUCGCUGGCAGUUGUACCCCAACCCAGACCCCAACAUGGGGCCCCUGGUCCAGCAGUUGGCCACCCACAACAUCGUCAGUGCAGUGCAGAAGUCCGGCGGGACGCAGCUGAAGCUGGUUAUGUCAUUCCCCAACUAUGGACAGGCCAUUUUCAAGCCAAUGAAGCAGGAGCGAGACGAGGAGACCAACUUCAACCUCUACUACUUCUCUGACUUUGAGCGGCACAACGCAGAGAUCGCUGCCUUCCACCUGGACAGGAUUCUUGGGUACCGGCGGAUCCCCCCAGUGGUGGGCCGGCUGGUGGACGUCGUCAAGGACAUCAAAGACGUCACAACAGACCACAAACUGGCCCGCACCUUCUUCUCCUCUCCUGUGGGCAACACUUGUUUCUACGGCCAGUGCUCGUACUACUGCUCAACGGAGCACGCCGUGUGUGGUCGCCCCACGGCCCUGGAGGGCUCCGUGGCAUUAAUGCUGCCCGACCUCUCGCUGGCCAUCCGGAGGACCUGGAGGUCUCCGUGGAGACGGUCGUACAGCCGUAGCAAGCUGGCAAAAUGGGAAACAGAGCCAGACUAUUGUUCCACGGUGAAAAAGACCGCGCCGUACGACAAGGGUACGAGGCUGGUGGACGUCGUAGACCUGGCCAUACUGGACUUCCUGAUGAGCAACAUGGACCGACACCACUACGAGACCUUCGAGAAGUUUGGGAACGACACGUUCCUGCUGCACCUGGACAACGGCAGGGCGUUCGGACGCCACUCUAAAGACGAGCCAUCUAUUUUAGCUCCACUCAGACAGUGCUGCAGGAUCCGUCGUUCCACCUGGCUGCGGCUCCGCCUCCUGGCGCUCCCGCACUUCCGCCUCAGUGAUGUCAUGAGAGAGUCCCUGGGCCGGGACCCCCUGUCCGUUGCCACGACGCCCCUCCUCGCCGAGCCCCAUCUGGCGGCGCUGGACCGACGACUGACCGUCGUUCUGCGGGCCGUCAACCGCUGUCUGGAGGAGAAGGGGGGCGGGGCCGGCACCAUGGGCGGAGCCAGGGGCGGAGCCGGGGACGAGGUGGUCAUCUAUGAUGACAUGUCCUAAAUGGAGACACACUGGGGGGCACGAUGGCGCUGGGGGAGGAGCCUAUAGGAGGAUGACAACGCAGAGGUGUCAGUGAGAUGUGAUUGGUCGAUAGUUGAAUAGUUGUUGAAUUGCAGGUAUAUUUAUGUGGUAACUAGGCAAAUUAAGUAUAGGUGUAAAGAAAUAUUUAGGUUGAAAAGCAAGUGUUAUUUUGCUACAUGACAAGUUGAUCCAUCUGAGAACCAAACUUUGGAUCUUGGAUGAUCACUCUGAAGAAAGGAAAAAUUUCCCCUGCUGCUCCUAUUUGUCUAGUCAUGAAUCAAACUGUCAGAUUCA